UUCCCUCUCCACCCUCGCGGUGCUGAAUGGGCUUCCGGGACGCCUCCCGCGGUGAGGAGUUGGCGGUUCCUCUGCGCCGUUAGCCCCGGGGACUCGCCCUCCCACGGCCAGAAACUCCGUCUGGGCCCGCGCGGGAGGAUCGGGGGCUCUGAGGGGAGCGGCGACCCCGCCGGCCCUGAUCUCUUUCCCUGGCGGCGGCGGCUUCUUCCGUAGGACAAUAUGUUCAAGAGAAUGGCCGAAUUUGGGCCUGACUCCGGCGGGAGAGUGAAGGGGGUUACUAUUGUUAAACCAAUAGUUUAUGGUAAUGUUGCUCGAUAUUUUGGAAAGAAAAGAGAAGAGGAUGGCCACACCCAUCAGUGGACAGUAUAUGUAAAGCCCUACAGAAAUGAGGAUAUGUCAGCAUAUGUGAAGAAAAUCCAAUUUAAAUUACAUGAAAGCUAUGGCAAUCCUUUAAGAGUUGUUACUAAGCCUCCAUAUGAAAUUACUGAAACAGGAUGGGGUGAAUUUGAAAUUAUCAUUAAAAUAUUUUUCAUUGAUCCUAAUGAAAGACCUGUCACCCUGUAUCAUUUACUAAAGCUGUUUCAGUCGGACACCAAUGCAAUGCUGGGGAAAAAGACAGUGGUUUCAGAAUUCUAUGAUGAAAUGAUUUUUCAAGACCCAACAGCAAUGAUGCAACAAUUAUUAACAACAUCUCGUCAGCUCACACUAGGAGCCUAUAAGCAUGAAACAGAAUUUGCAGAACUUGAAGUGAAAACCAGAGAAAAAUUAGAAGCUGCAAAAAAAAAAACAAGCUUUGAAAUUGCAGAACUUAAGGAGAGAUUAAAAGCAAGUCGUGAAACUAUCAAUUGUUUAAAAAAUGAAAUUAGAAAACUUGAAGAAGAUGAUCAGACAAAAGAGAUUUAAAUAAUUCUGAAGAGAACCUAAUAGUAAGCUAAGCUGAAAUCAAGGUGAAUUUUAAAGGCAAAAUAGACUGUAAAUGCUGUGCUUCUUAGAGGAACUAUGACUGUAGUUGUUGACCGUAGAUUUCUAGCAAUGGGGUCAGAGUAUUUAUGGUUUUCAAGUGAUCUGUAAUGUGAGGUGUAUAUAAAUGAAUGAAUGCUGUAUUGGCAUUUUAUUAACCCAUUUUAGGGUAAUUCUAUGAUAUUAAGCACAGAUUUUUUUUAUUACAUUGUAUGUAUAGUUUGUGCUUUUGACAGACAUUGGAAGUACAUGUAUAGCUUGUACAAAUUUUGUACUUACCUAGUAUUUAGAGUUAGUGGUAAAAUUAAUGUGUAUAUUUAAUUUUUUAAGUGUAUAUUUAAUUUUUUAAGUUCUUAUCUGCCCCUAUCUUUUAUACGUGAUAUACCCAGUAAAUAUUCAAUAAAUGUAACUUACAGAUUC